ACGAAAGUAAACUCGUUUCCAUUCUGCCGCGACGUGACUCAUCUGUUUCCCCGUAUAAAGUGAGCGCGUCGCGGCAGCCUCGGGUCAGUCAGACAGACAGACAGACAGUCACACAGACAUGGAGACCAUCGACAACGACGAGCGGUGGGAGAUCGUGAUCGACUCCUUCAGGUGGAGGCUGCGGCAGCACAUCGUGGUGGACCAGGUCCUGGAUCACAUCCACUUCAUCGGUCGGGAGAAGAAGGAGCGCAUCAGGAACGUCUCCCGGAACGAAGGGAACCCGGUGGCUGUGAAUAUGCUGCUGGACGAGGUCAUCAAAAGGCCCCAUGAAAACGGCUGGUUCACGGCUUUUGCCGACGCUUUGGUCAACUCCGGCUGUGAACUGGCGGCGGACUACAUUCAGCUGAACCUGCCCAAACCCGAGGAGGAGGCCGCCAACGACUCCUUCGUCCGCCUGGUGGAGAUUCUCUACCCGAGUCUGGUGGACAUGAAGACGAACGAGGUGUCUUUGCGCUGCUACGCCGAGAAACUGCUGACAGACGAGGACAAACAAGUCGUGGAGGCAGAAACUCAAAGGGGAAACCGAAGAGGAGCCAGGGAGCUGCUGAAGAGGAUCGUGAGGCGUCCGUAUGGAUGGUUCUCAACGUUCUUAAAGGUUUUGAAAGACACGGAACACACUCAGCUGCUGUUGCAGUUGACAGGAGAGUCACCAAACUCACCCACGGCGGAUGGUAACAGUGGAAGUGCAGCCGCUGCCGAGCCAUCAAGUGCUCCAGAAGAAGACAUCAUUGUUGAGGAAGUCGAGGAGAUAGACUUGUAUGCUGCUGAAAACGGUGAUGUCGAAACAUUGCCUGACGAACUGGAGGCUGUGAAUCCAGAUGAGUCAGGAGCCACAGAUGAGGAGAUGGAAAGGUCCGAUAUCGUUCUGCGGGAUUAUCAGAUGGAGGUGGCCAGACCUGCCCUGGAGGGGGAGAACAUUAUCAUCUGCCUCCCGACAGGAAGCGGUAAAACCAGAGUUGCAGUGUAUAUCGCUAAAAAACAUCUGGAGCAGAGACGGGCUGAGGGACGACCAGGGAAAGUGGUGGUCCUGGUCAACAAGGUUCCUCUGGUGGAGCAGCAUUACGCUGCCGAGUUCCUCCCGUUCCUGGAGGAAACGUUCCAAGUGGCCCGAGUCAGCGGAGACUCGCAGCUGAAAAUCUCUUUCGUCGAGAUCAUGAAGAAAAACGACGUCAUCAUUUGCACGGCUCAGAUUCUGGAAAACUUCCUGGACAGAUCCAAGACAGGCGACGACGAAGGCCUGGACUUUGGAGACAUGACUCUGGUCAUCAUCGACGAGUGCCACCACACCCAGAAGGGAGAAGUCUACAACCACAUCAUGAUGCGCUAUCUGAAGCAGAAGCACAAGAACAUACGCUCUAAGAAGCUGGACAAGAAGAUCGUCCCGCUGCCCCAGAUCCUGGGUCUGACCGCAUCACCUGGGGUGGGAGGAGCCUCCAAGAUUGAGAAGGCAGUGGAGCACAUCCUUCGAAUCUGUGCGAACUUGGAUGCCUCCAAAAUCAUGACAGGGAACCUCGGAGCGUUCAAGAAGCAGCCAGAAAAACUCAUCAUCAUUGCUGAAGACAGACGACGGAAUCCAUUCGAGGACAUGAUGAAGAAAAUGAUGAGCCACAUUCACACUCACGCCAACCUCCAUCCUACCUGUGCGCUGGGCUCGCAGAAUUACGAGCAGUGGGUCGUCCAGCAGGAGCGGAAAGCGGCCAAAAACGGAGACCUGAGCGUGCGGGUUUGUGCCAAACACCUGGAUCAGUACUGCGAGGCCGUGCAGCUCAGCAACACCAUCCGCCUCAGUGAUGCCUUCAACUUCCUGGACAAGUACUACGAGGAGGAGAUGAAGAAGAAGUCUCCUGAUGUCGAGCACGAAAUCCACAUCACCGACACAGAGAGAUUCCUUUUUAAAUUGUUCCGAGAUAACAAGGAGGCGCUUCGCGCGCUGGCUCAGAAUCCUGAAUAUGAAAACGACAGUCUGUCCAAACUUCGGACCAGGAUCCUGCAGGAGUUCAGCACCAGGAAGGAAGCGCGAGGAAUCAUUUUCACCAAGACCCGCCGCAGCGCCAUGGCCCUCUGCCACUGGGUUCACGAGAACCCCAAGUUUGAUGACCUGAAGGUGAAAGCUGCCUUCUUGAUCGGAGGAGGACACCAGAGUAUCGUGAAGCCCAUGACUUCUGCCGAGCAGGAGUCCGUGUUGGACAAAUUCCGCCGGGGAGAAAUCAACUUGCUGAUCGCCACCACUGUCGCAGAGGAAGGCUUGGACAUAGCUGCGUGCAACUUCGUCAUCCGCUACGGUCUGGUGACCAACGAGAUCGCCAUGAUUCAGGCCCAGGGUCGAGGAAGAGCAGAUGACAGCAGCUACACUCUAGUGGGGGUCAAAGGCUCCGGAGUGGUCGAGAAAGAGAGUGUGAACGAGUACCGUAAGUCCAUCAUGGACAAGGCCAUCGCGAAAAUCCGGACAUUCAAUCAGGAGGACUAUGACAAACGAAUCACAGAGUUUCAGCUCCAGGCCAUCAUGGAAGCCAAAGUGCGGAAGACCAAAGACAAUCGGAAAAAGAUCAAGCAGGAGGACCCGGCCAAUCUGAAGUUGAUCUGUCGAGGCUGCAACAAAUUCAUCUGCAGCGGCGACAACAUCCAGGUCAUCGAAAACAUGCACAAAGUCAACGUGUCGCCCGAGUUCAGUGAGCUCUUCAUACAGACGGAGAACACCUCGCUUCAAGAGCGUCUUCUAGAUUACGAAACGAACGGCUUCAUAUCUUGCAAGGAAUGUGGUCAGCGCUGGGGCUCCAUGAUGCACUAUCGUGGGAUCGACUGCCCGUGUCUUCACGUCAAGAACUUUGUGGUGUCACUCAACGGGGAGAACAUCAGCAAAUGCGCCAAGUGGUCACAUCUCCCCAUCAACUUCUCAGCUUUUGAUUACGCCGAGCACGCGAGACACAUGGCUGACGACUCGGACGACUCGGACACUGAUUGAACAAGUCAGUUCUGGCGAUGGUUUUCAGGAAAUGCAUCCGAUGUUGUCGUGAAGUCACUGUGCUGCAAAUUCUGGGUUACUGCGAGGUGGUGGAGGUGGUGGAGGUGGUCUAGUGGAUUCCAUGGGACGUGCACAGAUGCACCCUUGUUUUACUGCAUGAGAAAAGUGUCUCUUUUUUUUUCAUUCUUAAAUUCUUGAGGGGACAAAAGCUGCUCAAAGUGGCUAAAUGUCCCACAUUUAAAUAUGGUGUUUGUGCAAUGAUAUUUAAAAUGUAUUUUGAAUGUAUAUGAUUUGCUCCGUUAAAUUGCCUAGUACCAUUAGGCCACGGAAUAAUCGCAUACUGGGUUUUAGCGAGGAUUUUGAAACAGGCCGUCCAUAGCAUGGGCGUCCAAUUUUUGGCGUCCACGAGACGCCCAGAUGCCCCCCUGGCUAAAAGCCUGCAUACUGUAUAAACCCAUUCGAAUAGAUGUCUUUCAUGACCAAAAAACAUAAUAGAAAUAUAUAAUAAAAAUAAUAUUUAAAAAAAAUCUUUUUUUUUGCGACAAGUGCCUUUUUUUCUGGCCUGAGCACCUGUUUUCUGUUCGUGCGCCUGGCGAGACCAGUUUGUGACUCAAAUCUUCCUUCUCAGCUGGUGAAGCACUGAUUUGAUUUGGAGUCUUUCAUUUGGAUUCUCGUGAUCAGCACCAGGUGAAUGCUUGCGAAGAUAGAAACCUGGAAAAUAUGCGCAGCGAUUCAUCAAACUAGUCCGCAAAGAGCCGCGAAAAAAACAAACAAAAGUUCCCAGUUGGUGCUUGUGCUGCCAUUAAUCUGCACUUUCAGGCUUCAAAUGAGUAAACUGAUUUUUUAGAGCCGUGUCUAAUUCCUCUUAUGUGUGUUCCUAGUGCUGGAGGGACUUCCUUUUUACUGUGAGAGAGUGUUGUGAUCAUUUUAGGUUUAAUGAGUCAAAAAGAAUACUUUCAUGGGAAGUUGCCUUUGCUGCAUCUGGCACUGUUGCACCUACUUCUGUUUUCAGGGGAAUUCAAUAAAAGUUAACAUCUUUGGUUUGUGUUUUUUGU